GAUACAGAGAGGAGGGCGGUGUCUCCCUAAUGCUCCUUUCAAGGUCCUUGAUGCUCCGGGAUUACGUGACGAUUUCUACUGCUCGGUUAUGGCAUAUUCUCACACUUGUAACACGUUGGCGGUUGGGUUGGGCAAUCUGCUCUAUGGGUGGUCAGAAGCUUCAGGCGUCACACUUCUGAAUGCGGGGCUUAAGGAUGGUUCGUGGCUAACUUCGGUGGGGUUCUCAUCUGAGAAGGGCGGCAAGUCAAUACUAGCUUUCGGCCGUUCAAGCGGACUACUCUCCUUAGUAUCACUUUUUGACAGUCUACUUCCCCGUUUCGAGACGUAUCAUCCCGCACCCAUAGCCUGCCUUUCCUGGCGCCCCACCUCCACCACGCGAGCUUCUCGAAACAAGCGUAAUCCUGGUGUUCCAGUUAACACGGAAGAUCUCCUUGUGGGCGACGACCUGGGUGACGUAUAUUAUUACGCAGUAGAAUGGCCCGAGCCCUAGGAAGUGGCCCGGGAAAACUGGCGCGGUACGAUGACCUUACUUGCCCGUAUCAAAGUUCACUGCCAGCAAAUAUGUGGUCUCGCCUGGUCUCCUAACGGCAGACAGUUCGCUACGGGAGGAAACGAUAAUUUAUGCUGCCUCUUCACUAUAGAUGGUCUUGUAGGUGUAGAGGCUGACCUAAGCUUGGGGUUUUCGAAAUUAUCAAUAGCGAACACGGUUCAUAACCAAGAACAACAACCUACCUCACCACAUGCUAUCAACCCUGGGGAUGGUGCUUCAUUUUCGUUGCGCGAGUUUAAUUCUGACAGCCCCGAUCCAUCGUCAGCGCUGAGAUAUUUCCCCGCCGGCUCCGAGAAACAUCGGUGGCAACACGGGGCAGCCGUGAAAGCUAUCGCAUUCUGCCCGUGGCGCCAAGGGUUGGUUGCCACCGGGGGAGGAUCUAAUGACAAAUGCAUUCACUUUUACCACGCAAACUCUGGGGCCGCACUUGCCACUAUCUCGGUUGCAGCUCAGGUUACUUCUCUCAUAUGGAGCACGACUCGACGGGAGAUUGCCGCCACAUUUGGAUAUGCACAGCCUGACCAUCCGUACCGCAUCGCCGUAUUCAGCUGGCCAGACUGCCGACAGGUUGCUGCCGUGCCGUAGGAGGGCGAGCACCGCGCGCUAUACGCUAUAGCAUACCCGGGUGGUCCGAGCGAUACAUACCGCACAAAAG